CCUCCGCGGGGGGAUAGCGUGCCGAGCGACCGCCGACCGCACGACCGCGCUAUUUACAACCCCGUCACAUCAUUGUUAUCGAAACCGUUCUCACAGUAUCGCGUCGCGAACAGCUGAACAUGAAGCAGCGCCGGUCGAGGACUAAAUCAUACGGACCUCCAUUCAUAGAAAUUUGACAAGUGACGAAAAUGACAUGGACACAGUGCCGUUUAAAAUGAUAAUCAACGCGAUACUCUUUUGUUUAGUGAUGGGCGCGGCGCUUACGGAAGCGCCUGACGAUGCAGAUGCCUGUUUCCGUGUGUCCGGUGACAGUGGUGCGGUGGAGUGCAAUGUACGGACGUUGUCGUCGGACAGGGAUGUCGUCGGUUCGAUGCACUCGGACGGCGCGCUGCGGAUCGCGAUCCGGUGCAGCCCGCUGUUCCUCGAGAGCACGCUGCGAGACCACCACUUCGGCAGGAUGCAAGGUUUGGCGGAGAUAUCCAUUAAUAACUGUAAGAUACUCCGGCUGCCCGGCAACGUGUUCGAGGGCCUACGCGGGCUGAAGACGCUGAGAAUCCGCUCCAGGAACAACGAGUGGAACAACAACAAAGAGCUGGAGCUGUCCUUGGGCGCAUUCAACGGCUUGAGAGAGCUGCACACGCUGGACUUGGCCUACAACAACAUAAGAAAGAUACCGUCCGACCUGUUUUGUGCACUGGAAAACAUAAUUUCUCUUAAUCUGACGAGAAACAAGAUCAAGUUUGUUGACGAGUUGGGUUUCGGGCACAAGUGCGGCUCGACGCUGCAGACCAUCGACCUGGGCUACAACGACAUCAUGUCGCUGCCGGCGGACUCGGAGAUAUUGCAUUUACGACGCCUCACGCAACUCUUCCUCCAAAACAAUAAAAUAAGCGAGUUGCCGGGUGACGUCUUUAGUGAUUUGCUUUCACUCAAGGUUGUAAAUCUGUCUGACAACGCAAUAAAUUAUUUACCAGAAGGGUUGUUUUAUAACACGAGAGAAAUUCGUGAAAUUUAUAUGCAAAAUAACGAGCUGGAAACUUUGCCCAAGAGAAUAUUUAAUCGGUUGGAACAAUUGCUCGUUUUAGAUCUUUCGGCGAACAAAUUGAGGAGCGACCAGAUAGAAGAUGAAACGUUUGGUGGGCUAAUAAGAUUAAUCGUGCUCGACCUGUCGCACAACGCGCUCUCACGGAUCACUCGGAACAUGUUCAAGGACCUGUUCUUUCUACAAAUACUCAGCUUGAACAAUAACACCAUAGGGUUCAUCGAGGACAAUGCGUUUUUACCACUAUUCAACUUACACACACUUAACCUGGGCCAAAAUAAACUACACGUCAUAGAAGACCACAUGUUUAAUGGACUGUUUAUAUUGAAUAAGCUUAAUUUAAAUAAUAACAUACUUUCUUAUGUCAGUGAGAAUGCUUUUAAAAAUUGUUCUGAUUUAAAGGAGUUAGAUUUAAGUUCGAAUAAGUUAACUAAAAUUCCCGAGGCAAUUGUACAAUUAUCGUUAUUGAAAUCGUUAGACUUGGGGGAGAACUUACUAACUGAGAUAAUGAACAGUUCGUUUCAAAAUUUGUCGCAGCUGACCGGUUUGCGCUUAAUCGACAAUCAAAUUGGAAACCUUACAGCGGGUAUGUUCUCCGGCUUGCCUAGCCUGCAAGUGCUCAAUUUGGCGAAAAAUAAAAUACAGUCGAUAGAGACCGAAACCUUUCAAAGGAACACGCAAUUGGAAGCGGUUCGGUUGGAUGGUAACUUUAUUUCGGAUAUAAAUGGAGUGUUUGUGGCAUUGACGAAAUUGUUAUGGCUAAAUUUAUCAGAAAAUCAUUUGGUGUGGUUCGAUUACGCGUUCAUACCAGGCAGCCUCAAGUGGUUAGACAUUCACGCCAAUUUUAUUGAAAUACUCGGCAAUUAUUACAAAAUUCAAAACGAGUUACAUGUAAAAACCUUAGACGCGAGUCAUAAUCGUUUAGUUACACUAUCGCCGAUGUCUAUACCAAACAGUGUAGAGCUUCUGUUUAUAAAUAACAAUUUCAUUUCGAGCAUUGAAACAGAUACGUUUUUAGAGAAGAGAAAUUUGACGCGCGUCGAUAUGUAUGCCAAUGAGAUUGAAAGUUUGGACGUAAAUAGUUUGCGUGUUUCGAGAGUGCCCGAAGAUAGAGCAUUGCCAGAGUUCUACAUUAGUGGUAAUCCCUUCAGAUGCGAUUGCACAAUGAAGUGGCUUCUGCUCAUAAACUCGAUUACUUCCAGACAGUACCCGCGCGUCAUGGACUUAGAGAAUGUGAUAUGCAAGGAAUCCUACGUACGCGGCGUGAAGUAUCUGCCGGUCAGCUCUCUGCUCCUCAAAGACUUUUUGUGCAAAUACGACAAUCACUGCCCUGAAAACUGCAAUUGUUGCGAUUUCAAUAACUGUAACUGUAGAAUUGUUUGUCCAAAUAACUGUUCUUGUUAUCACGACUCUACGAAAUCAACAAGCGUCGUCGAUUGUUCUGUAAAACAAUUGAAAUUCGUACCUCCAUAUUUUCCAACGGAUUCCACCCAUAUUUAUUUAGAUGGAAAUGUUUAUACAGAGCUAAAUGAAACUAUUUUCAAUUCAAUGCGCGAAGCCCUUGUUAUAUAUUUGAACUCCAGUAACAUCAUACAUAUUCAUAACAACACUUUUAGUGGGCUCGGUGGUCUUAAAAUAUUACAUUUAGAUAACAACAAAAUCAAACAAUUGCGCGGAUUAGAGUUUUCGAAAUUGAGUAACUUGAAGGAGCUGUAUCUUCAGAGUAAUGUUAUAGAGUUCAUUUCCAAUGAGACGUUUAGCUCUUUAGGUGCUUUAGAAGUUUUACGCUUGGAUGGAAAUAGACUCGUGAACUACGGAUUAUGGCAUUUAGACAAUAAUAAAAAGUUGCAAACGUUAUUCAUUGGUAGCAAUAGCUGGUCGUGUGAUUGUAAAUAUCUACAAGGAUUCUUAACGUACGUGUCGCAGAAUGUAGAAAAAGUAAUCGACGUUAAUACCUUGUGGUGUAUAAACGAGAAUGUAAGACCGGCGAAGAAGCCAUUGAAUUUAAAUGUGACAGUUUGUAGCGAAAUAAGCGAUGGUUCAAUGAUAAGCGCUUUCUUCGUUUCCCACAACUUGCCGCUACUGGCAUCGGCUCUCACCGGGUUUAUGCUCAUUUUGUUAAUAUUAGCUUUAGUAUUUACGUUUAGAUACGCUUGCAGAAUGUGGUUGUAUUCCAACUGUGGUAUAAAGCUCUCGCCCCUCGCGGGUGCAUUUAAAGAUGCUGAUAAGCUUUAUGACGCUUAUAUUUGUUAUAGCCCUAAAGACGAGGAGUUCGUUGUGGAGUCAUUAGCUCGGGAAUUAGAGAACGGUUACCCGUCUUAUCAUCUCUGUUUGCAUUACAGAGACGUUCCCCAGUUCGAAGCCACGUACGCCCAGUUCCCCGACUUGGUGGUCGAAGCGACGGAGGCCUCGAGGCGUAUCAUAGUAGUCCUAACAAAGAAUUUUAUCUCGACAGAAUGGUCGCAGAUAGAGUUUCGACAGGCCCUACAGAAAGCGCUUCGAAAGAACCCGCAUAAAUUAAUAAUAGUCGCCGUAGGGCUCGUCCCACGAGAUCCGGAACUGAAGUCGUAUUUCAAAACGGGUUUGGAGAUAACGUGGAAAGAGAAACGGUUUUGGGAAAGGUUACGUUACGCGAUGCCACUGUCGAAGCGCCACGGACAGAAGUUGAAAAGACUUAACUACGGGAGGAAUUCUAAUACUUAUACUAUGGACGCGUCUGUGUUGAACAGUACUUGCCAGACGCUAUGCGGGAAGUCGGCAAACUCGGCGGAGCGCUCGCCGUGCGACCGACCGCUAUCCGAGCACAUAUACUCCACGAUAGAUUCGGAUUACUCGUCCACUGAUUUCCAUGGGCGGCACCAUCAACCGCAGUCUGUGGUUAUGCAGCACACUGUGCAAACGUACCUGGUGUAGAGCCUCCCUAACUCUAGGAAAUUCGAACGAUCUCGCUAUAAUUGAUCCAUAAGCCUUAGAUAGCCUUAGGCGACCGCUAUAAACCUCCUUUGUUACAGACGAAAAUCGUCCAUUGUAAAUAAUAGAACUUUAAAAUCUAUUUCUAGUUUGUAACUUUUGUACAAUGAUACCAAAUUUUCGCAUUUCUAACGAUUUGCUUCUUCGUAUUUAUUACUUUUUUAAUAAAAAAAAACUCUUUAAGUAUUAAAUUGGAAAGACUGUAAAUUAUUGUGUAGAUGUAAUUAUUCAAUUGGCUGAUGUUUGUAUAGGUAUGUAAUUAAAGAAGUUUAUGAAAGCUA